AUGAAUAGCUCCAUGGACCCUCGCGUAUUGAUCAAUUAUUACCUUCGCAAAGGCUGGUACGACCAUGUGCAGCGCCUAUGUGAGCAGAUCCUCGAGAAGAAAGGCAGCGACUCGGACAUCCUGUUCUGGCGCGCCUUUGGCAUCGUAUUGGAGCGCAGCUAUUCGUCUGCCAUUCGAGAGCUCGAGAACCUCAAAAGAACGGGACGUGACGUGGAGCUUCCAUGUCUUCACGCGUUGGUGUACGCCCACUCGCAGUGCAAACACGUCGAUCACGACGAAGUGGCGCAGCUGGAACUGCAGCUCGUCAUGGCCGAGGAGAACGCGUCUAGCGCGAGUUUGAUGCUCUGCGCCACGUUCUUCUGGCACUUAAACGAACAUGCAAAAGCUCGCAAGAUAAUCGAUCAAAUUCUGAGUACCAACGGUAAAAGCAGCUCCGAUGGAGCACUCCGUCAGCGAGCUCUGAUCCUGCGUGGGUGGGUGGAUCUCACCGUGGAUGCCAAGAUCAAACGCGAAGCCGACUUACGAGACGGAGCUAUCCGAUACUUUGACCAAGUGACAGACCGAAAAGAUGCCGAGUUGGUGUUGGGUAUGGCCAAGUACUUUGACGUGAAGAAGGCGUAUCCGCGCGCUCUUGAGUCUUACGACGAACUUACGGUGCAGUUUCCAUGGUUCAAACACUCGUUGAGUGAAAAGGCCUUGGUCUUGCUUAAAAUGGGCAGCUGGGACCAAUGUAUGGACAGUGUAGAGCGAGUAUUAAGUGAGAAUGCUCAUGAUAUUGAGGCGCUGCGUAUCAUGAUCCUGCUGCUGUUGUCUCGUGAAGGCCGCGCCCGUGAGGCUGCCGAGCGUAUCCGAGAAUUGCUGGAAGCUCUUAAACGAGUAGAACCAGCCAACCCAGAGCUCUUCUGUGAGAUCUCUCGCUGUACUGCUCGUGUAUCUGAUCGAGACGCGGAGGUCUUACAGUGCAGCUUGGGACUGAUAGAACACGCCAUCCAACUAAACGCUGAGAGUGGAGCUUUCCGUGCCGAGCGUGGCUACCAACGCGCACUACUAGGCGACUUUGCAGAAGCCAUGGAGUCGUACAAAGAAGCCUUGAAGCUGGACGAGUCCAACGAGAUGGCACUGCACGGGAUGAUCUACUGCCAGAUCAAACUGGGACAGCUUGAAGACGCCUCGCAGCAAAUGGAAUUCCUUUGCGUCAUCCAGGAAUCUCUUGGUGCCAGUGCCAACUUUGCAUUCCUCCAGGCAUUGCUCAGCUGGGAGAAGGACCGAGAUCGAGUUAGACAGGUCAAGCUUCUGCAACAGACCAUGCAGAUUCACAUGGACAGGCUCAAGGAGACCAUCCAAGGACCUGACGUCUCCACGCACGACACGAUGAGUCUUCUUAACCCCCUGUUCCUCGUGGAAGUGGCCACGGAAUUCGUCCAAGGGGACACGUCGAAGCAAGGCAGUUCCAAUGACAGCUCAUCGGAUGCAGUUACUAAAGGCAUAAGCAUCCUCGAGAAGCUCGUCAACAAGUCACCGGGCUUUUUACGAGCCCAGUUCGUGCUCGCACAGGCUUACUUUGGUUGUCAGCGACUGGAUGAAGCUUAUCAGGUAUCAAAUUUAAUCCUGAAAAAGGAGCCUGGACACUCCAAGGCGCAUCUCAUGCAUGCUCGAGUGAGUCUAGAACGUGAACACUUCAAAGCAGCUUCGGCCUCUCUGGAUCAGGCUCUCAGCUACGACUUCUCGGUGCGUCAAUCGCUCUCGUACUACAUCAUUAAGGCGCGUAUUCUCGAGAACGCGGGCGAUGUGCGUGAAGCGCUUCAGACGCUGCAGACCGCGAUGAACAUGAUCCAAAGCGCUGGAAGUUCUGGAAGCAGUAGCCGUCGUCAGAAACACGCUGCGGAGAAUAAUGGCAACGCUUCGCUUUUCGACAAGGCCUCGGUGUACAUCCACAUGGCGCAGGUACUCUCACAGCUCAACGACAUCGUUGAGGCCACGAAGACAGUGCGCGAGGCCCUCGACGUCUUCCGAGGCACCUCAGAAGAAGUCCGCGUACUUGUAGCCAAUAGUGAGCUGGCCAUCAAACGUGGCGACUACGACGCAGCUAUCGCCAUGCUCAGCAGCGUUCCCGUGGGCUCUCCGGCGUUCACUAAGGCGCAAAUGGUCAAAGCCGACAUCUAUCUGCAGUAUCGCAAGGACAAACAUCUGUACGCACGCUGCUACCAGGAGCUCGUGGCGAUCAAUCCUUGCCACGCAACACACGUGAGUUUGGCUGAGGCCUACUUACGCAUUCAAAUGCUGGACGAAGCGGUGCAGUCCUUCGAACGUGCCAAGGCACUAAGCCCAGGAGACCCCACGAUCGCGGGCCGGAUCGGACGCGUGCUCAUCUCCAAGCAUGACUAUCUCAAAGCCGUCGACUACUACGAGACAGCGCUCAAGAUGGCGCCGGGGAACCUGGUGCUGCGCAAAGAUCUUGCUGAGUUGUACGCCAAACUCCGUCACUUUGAUCAAGCUCUGCGUGUCGUCCAGCAAGCACCACCGAACGACUCCGAGGCUUUGAGUCACCUGCUUCAAGUCGUAGAGCUCCAACUAGUCCUGCCAUCAAUUCACCGCGGAUUGGGCAGCGACGAAAUGGCAGUACAGGCGUUGUUGAAGGCCUACGCCAUCCAGAAGGUGAUUCUGGACCGCCAGAAGGACGAACAACCCGACGUGCUCAACAAACAGCGAGCUGUUAUUGCCAGUACGUGUUUCCAGAUUGCGAACAUCUACGCGUCCGCGUCAGGCACCAAUGAGCGUGAGAACGUCGUCAAGUACUGCACGUUGGCUCUUCGUUCGGACGAAACGCACGAGUCCUCGCUGCUGUAUCUGGCGCGUGCGUAUCAGCAGAUCGGCGACCUGGAUCAAUGCCAAGUGCGCUGUUCCACGCUGCUUCGACUCAAUCCAGCACACGAAGAGGCGGCCUUGAUGUUGGCCGACUUGUUACUCCAGAAGGAAGACAACGACUCCGCCAUCUACCACUUCCAGCAGCUUCUGGACAGUCGUCCCGACAACUUCGCAGCGCUCAGUCGAUUCCUCGUCAUGCUGCGUCGAGCAGGUAAACUCCACACGUCUUCGACUGACAAGGAGCAGGGGAGUUUGGCUCAACGGUAUCUACGUCUAGCAGAACGCAGUGCCAACGUUCGUGUCGCGCAUGCUCCUGGCCUUCACUUCUGCAAAGGUCUGUAUGCUCGCUACCGUAACAACGUGGUGGAAGCCAUCGACGAGUUCAACUUGGCUCGACGUGAUCCGGAAUGGGGCGAAAGAGCGCUCAUCAACAUGAUCGAGAUCUACCUGAACCCAGACAACGAAAACCUCUGGGACUCUGCCAACGACGCCACGGACGGCAACACGAAGGAGCAGACGGAGAACUUGCGGAUCGCUAACACUCUGUUAGACGAGCUGCCUAUUGCUCGUAAUGAACGCGACGCUAAACUGCGGGUGCUCGAAGCCUACGCGGUUCUGGCAGUUCGCACGAAGAGUAUGUUGGACAAGGCCAUCCAGAUCUUCAUGGAGAUCUUGGAGACUGUCGACCGCGACUACGUUCCAGCGUUACUUGGCCUGGCCACAGGCUACAUGCUCAUCAAGCAGCAGCCCAAAGCGCGCAACCAACUCAAGCGCAUCGCCAAGAUGACGUACGACCAAACACUCGCUGACGAGUUCGAGCGCAGUUAUCUCUUGCUGGCAGAUAUCUACAUCAACCGAGGCAAAUUCGACUUGGCUCAGGAACUCUGCAAGCGUUCGCUCACGCACAACAAGUCGGCGGGGAAAGCCUGGGAGCUGCUUGGACUGGUGAUGGAGAAGGAGCAGUCGUACAUCGACGCAGCAGAAUGCUACCAAGAAGCCUGGACGUGCGAGGGUGAAGCGAGCGCCGCGAUCGGAUUCAAGCUGGCCUUCAACUACCUUAAGGCCAAGAAGCUCGUCCUCGCGGUCGACGUGUGCAACAAGGUUCUGGAUCAGUAUCCGGACUAUCCGAAGAUCCGGAAGGAGAUCCUGGAGAAGGCGUACGCUGGCUUCCGACCCUAG